AUGAAGUUUUCAGAGUUGGCUCUGUUCCAGGGCUUGCCAGCGGAUGCCAUUGACGAAUAUGUGAAAAUUGGAGAGUCAACUGCAAUUGAAAGCGUGAAGAGAUUUUGUCGAGCUAUCGUAGAGGUUUUUGGCCAGCAGUAUAUGAGAUCACCAAUAGCUAACGAUGUUGCAAGGCUUCUUCACAUCGGUGAGCAACGUGGUUUUCCAGGAAUGCUAGGUAGUUUAGAUUGCAUGCAUUGGAGAUGGAAAAAUUGUCCAACAACAUGGGCUGGACAAUAUGCAGGUUGUAGUGGAUCCCCAACAAUAAUUCUUGAAGCUGUAGCUGAUUAUGACCUUUGGAUAUGGCAUGCAUAUUUUGGUAUGCCCGGAACUAAUAAUGACAUUAAUGUUUUAGAAUUGUCACAUCUGUUUUCCAAUCUUACUAAAGGUAUUGCUCCUCCCGUCCAUUAUGUUAUUCAAGGAAACGAAUAUGAUGUGGGUUAUUAUUUAACUGACAGUAUAUAUCCAAAAUGGUCUACAAUUGUGCAAACCAUUCAUGAGCCACAAUCUCAAAAGAAGAAAUAUUUCGCAACGAAACAAGAAUCAUGUCGAAAAGAUGUUGAACGUGCAUUCGGAGUUUUGCAAUCUCGUUUUGCAAUUAUUGCAGGGCCGUCACGUUUUUUGAGAAAAGAAGUGCUACAUGAUAUAUUAACAUCAUGUAUUAUACUGCACAACAUGAUAAUCGAGGAUGAGCGUGAUCUUAAUGCACCAAUUCAAGAUGCUUGGGAAGGUCCAACUCCAACAGUAGAAAUGGUAGUCGAUGAAAAUUAUCGAUUUGAACAAUUUUUAGCUCGACACAAAAAAAUUAAGAACAAAGAUGCUUAUUUUGCACUUCGUAAUGCAUUAGUAGAGCAUUUAUGGGAGCAACGUACUAAUCAUGGAAGUUGAAUAUUUAUGUAGAAAUUAAAAUAAAUUCUAUCUUAAUGUAAUAGUAUUUAUUUAAUUAUAUUUUAUCAAUGAUUUCACUUUUAUUUGAAUUAUCCAUUAAUAUGUAUAACGUAUAACAUUUGCUUACAAUUUAUAUUAUUUAAAAUUUUAUGGUAUAAAAUAAUUUUAUAUUAAAUGAUUAUAUAACAAAGGAUUAUGAAUUACAUGGGAUGGAUAUGUAAAAAAGAAAAAAGAAAAAAAAGAAAGGAUUUUUUUUAUGAAAUUAAAAAUAAAAUUUAAGUAAAAGAAAAUAAUAUAAUAUAAAAGAGAGAGAAGAAUAUAAAAGGAAUAUUUUUUUUUUUGGUGCAAAAAAUGGUGCAAUGGGCUGGAGUUAAUUUGCACCAUUUUGGUGCAAAAAAUGGUGCAAUGGGUUGGAGAUGCCCUUAACUAUACUAUUUCCA